AGAGCUCUGAGCUGAGGGCUGUCAAGUGUCCACCAACAAGGCGUUGGUCAUCACGAUGAACGGCGUUAUUGAAGCGCUGCACAUCUUCGAUGACAACAGGAAUCCCAUCCUAUCCCACACCUACACGGGCAGGCCUCUAUCGGCGGCCCAUCUGCUGCCCCUCUAUCUCGAGCAUCCAGCACCGCGGCCGAACCUCAUCUACCUCCCCAACACGAACCCGCCGACCCUCAUCUUCAGCUUGACUCACGCGAACCUACUGUUCCUCAUCACGACGUCCACCGAGAUCGAGCCGCUCCUUGUCUUCGAGUUCCUACACCGCGUCAUCGAUGCCUUCGAGGACUUCGUCGGCGCGCCGAUCCUGGCCGUCAAGAUCGAGAACAACUACGAUGUCGUCGCCCAACUGUUGACGGAGAUGUGCGAUGCGGGGACGAUCAGCACGACGGAACCCAAUGCCUUGCGGGAGGUGGUGGAGCAAGAAGGCUGGGUGGACAAGUUCCUGGGCGGCCUCAGUCUCCCUGGAAAAUCCCCGUUGACCACCAACUUUUCGAACUCGAGCGCGCCGUCCCUGAUGUCAUCCAACACACCGGCCCUGCCAUGGAGAAGAGCAAAUGUGAAGCACACGUCCAACGAGAUGUACGCAGAUAUUGUCGAGACUCUAUCAGUGACGCUUGCGCCUUCAGGAAGGCCUCUGGCCGCCUUUGCCAACGGCACUAUUGCAUUCACGUCAAAGGUCUCAGGUAUCCCGGAUGUCAUGCUCACACUGACUAGUCCGUCAGGGAAGCACAACCUCAAUGGGAUUAUGGAGCUACCCGUCUUCCACCCUUGCGUGCGCCUGAAUCGGUGGAAGGAGAGGCCUGGAGAAUUGAGCUUCAUUCCUCCAGAUGGAAGAUUCAUUCUGGCAGGCUACGAAGUGGACCUGCUACCCUUUACAAGUGGCAAAAGUGGGAGUAUGAAUGCGAACAACCUCAAGCUACCCGUCAACAUGGAAGUCAAGACUGGGCUUGGAUCCACAGGCUCAGACUUCGAGGUCCGGUUACAAGUGAACAAGGUUCCCGGAGCGCCCUCACCGGCCUCGUCUGGCCUCGGAAGGGGGGGCUCCGGACGGCUGGGAGGGCCACAUCCCGGAUCGCCUGCAUCGCCCUUGGUGGAUGAUCUGAACAUUACAAUCCCACUACCAACAGAUGUUAGGAACCUCUCAGAGAUUCGACCAAGUCGGGGCGAUGCCAGCUUUAAUCCCGGAGAUAGGGUUUUGGAGUGGAAUAUCCCGGCAAAGGAGCUCUCGGGAGGCACGAGCUACUUUGGGCUGCGGUGCACCGUCGUGGGGCCGUUGGUUGACGAUGACGAGGAGGAGCUUGACCCUACUGGAUUCGGGUUUGGGACAGACUACUCUUUCAAUGAGCCAUACCAGAGUGUGCCCGUAGCCAAGAGCGCGAAGCAGAAAGAGAGCACAGGCGACGACAGGGAUGUGAAGAAGAUUGCGCAAAACAAGAUCCUAAUGCCCACAUCGGCAUCGGUGAGUUUCUCAGUCAAGGGAUGGCUCGCAAGUGGGUUAAAGGUAGAAAGCAUGAUGAUAGACCCAAGGAAGAGUCGGGGCCUGGGAGAGACGAUGAAACCGUUCAAGGGAGUCAAGUACUUGACGGUGAGCAAGGGUGGCGUGGAGAUUCGGUCGGUCUGCGUGACCUGCAGCUCUGGAGGCCCUUGUUUGUACCUAUUGUACCUGGUGCUGGCUCCAUCGCCCCCGCAGUCGCGGCGGUGGUCCACGCAUCGAGGCGGCACCAGGACGGCCCUGUUCUUUCCAGGCCAGGGUGUACAGCGCGUGGGCAUGUUGACGCCGUGGCUCGAGGCAUUCCCCGCGACGGCUUCGCAACUCCGCGACGAGAUCGACCACCACAUGGGCUACAAGCUCACCGAUAUUAUCCAGAACGGCCCCUCCCGGAUCCUCAAUGAGACCCCCAACGCCCAGCCGGCCAUCAUGGCCACCUCCAUCUUUAUCCUCCGGAUCCUCGAGCGCGAGUUCGACUUCAACGUCGCCGACCACUUCGACGUCACCCUCGGCCACUCCCUCGGCGAGUUCGCGGCCGUCGUCGCCGGCGGCUACGUCUCGUUCCAGGACAGCCUGUACCUGGUGCGCAAGCGGGCCGAGGCCAUGUCCGAUGCGACCCGCCGCGCAAUUGAAGAGUACGGCGGCGAGUACGGCAUGGUGGCCGUCAUCUCGCACCCGGAGCACAUGGCCAGCCUGAUCGGAGCCAUCCGGGACUUUGUAGGCGUGACGAGCACGGGAAGCAAGGCGGAGAGCAUGGACGACGUCCCGCCCAUCGAGCAGGUCCUGAUUGCCAACAUCAACAGCAAGAACCAGAUUGUGCUGAGCGGCAACAUUGAGCGCAUCAAGACUCUGGUUACGCACCUGCGGCAGUUCCUGGGCUACGACCCUCGCGCCGUGCGGCUGAAGAGCGACAGCCCCUUCCACAGCCCCAUCAUGAAGCCCGCCCUGUCCGUCAUGAGAGACCUGCUCAACCAGAAGAGCCGCGUGCCCGGCCGCGAGAACGAGGACAUGGUCAGCUUCCCCGGCCAGCUGCCGCUCGUCAGCAACGUCUCUGCGCGCCCAAUCUGCAGCAAGGCCGAGUUCAAGGACCUGCUGGCGCGCGGGUGCCUCGACACGGUGCGCUGGUGGGACAGCAUCAAGUACCUGGACCAGGAGGCGCGGAUCCGGCGCUGGGUCGGCGUCGGCCCGGGCAAGGUCGGCCGCAACCUCGUGGGCAAGGAGGUGGGCAUGCGAGGAAAAGACCUGGUCAAGGGCGGAGGAGUAUGGGCCAUUACGGACCCGUCCGAGGUGGAGGAGGUGCUGAGGGGGCUGGAGGACACGGCCGGCAUCAUGGAAGAUGACGAGUACUCGGAAUAAAACGGUGGCACUUUUGGCGAGGACGCUGUGUAAGAGUUGAGAUGGAGUGUUGUAGGAAUUAGGAAUUAGCAAUAGGAUUGGGAACCAGGAACUAGGAACUAGGAUGGCAUGUAAGUUAGGAGCCGCUGCGUGAGAUUGCAGCCCCUGGGCUUCGACGAAUUGGUUCUCGAAAUGCUCGUUACGGCUCGAGGAGCCAAGGAGCCCGUGUGAUUGACCUGGAGUCCAGAAUUCAUGAAUAUAUUACUUCCAUGGCGGUUGACC